AUGGAGGACGACGGAGAAUGCGACGACAUUGAGUUGGAAGAGGUGAGGGAAAGUUAUCCCCAAUAUGACGAGAUGGGUUAUCACGACAUGCUGUCGAACUUUGACCAGCUGACGGAGAGGUUACAAAGAGAGGCAAAAUACGGUUCAGAGCCACUAGCUAUCACCGACAUUAACCGUGAACUUGAUUACGUGAAGAUGAAAAUGGAGGAACGUGGGACAGCCUAUACUCUUUCACUGAUGGGGAAGAUGGAACCGUAAACAUCACAGGACCACCAGGGAGCACCGCCGUUCCAAGUGUUGAGUUCGUGGAGGAUCCAGCUGGAUUGCUUACAGACGUACUGGACGCAUACGACGAUUCAUUUGACGCUAGUUGGGACGACAUUAAGGAAAGACUUUCAAAGCUAAAAAAGUUCUCAAAAGACCAACUCAGAGCAAAUAAGAAAAGGGACUUUGAAAACCAGGCGGAACGUGUGCAAGCUGUUAAAAGGGUCGUUCAAGAAAAGGAGAAAAUAGUGCUAGACCCUAGGAACAGAAACGUUAGGGAACUUAUCAAGCGGUCAUCUGUCAGGACACUGAAAGAUGGCACUGAGGUCUUGAUGUUUAGAAGUGAGCAAGGCAUUGACAAAAGUGGUGUCCAGAUAAUGAAACGUGGAAAAACAAGCAUCCCAACGUAUUCUAAGAAUUCCACUGCACUGAGAGAAUACAAGGAACUAGUGAGGAAGAUUAGGGACGAACCGUCGACUAACACCCAAGUUUACACACACGAAACAUUUAAAGGUGACGAUGAAUGUGUAGUCACAGAGUCACCAGCUGCAGAUCGAGGUGCUGCCUUGAAUGAAUUUUAUGAUGAGGACAACACAUUUGAAAACAUAGAACUCAUGGAUGUGAGGGUACCCGGGGUUGACAUACCAGGUCUAACCCCUAAAGAAAACACUGAGCUGAGAGGAGUCCUUGAUCCCCCUGAUACGAUGGACCGGGAGUCGCGUCUGAGUGAUGACGGUGCCCUACAAGGACAAGUGGACUUAUUCCAAGACGAAAUCAAUAAAACAAUCAGCGAGAUAAAUCGGACCACCGACUGGAGGAAGACACAAGAGUGGGGGACAGGCUCACCGUACUCAGGGAAGCGAGAGACAGGACCGUUCUGCAGAGAACUGUGGAGGAGUCGAGAAAGAGUUAGCCGAUAUUAG